ACACAUACCAAGCCACACGAAGAACGUCAACGUUGAACGUUUUGUUGACAAGUUUCGCGAGUUUCGCGAAUAGGACGCGCAUUUCACGUAGCAUAUAUCUCAUUUAGUAAAGUAAGUGCGAAAUAGUUGUUCUCGAGCUGCCCUGGAUCGGUUAUCUUGAGUGUUUUUCUUCCUCAACCUCACAACGACUAACCUCAAUCAUCCGGCAACAUGACGACUGCUAUGCCAAUCAACCCAAAACCUUUUCUGAAUGGUUUGACCGGGAAACCUGUGAUCAUCAAGCUGAAGUGGGGCCACGAGUAUAAGGGUUUCCUGGUGUCCGUUGAUGGGUACAUGAACAUGCAACUGGCCAACACGGAGGAGUUUGUGGACGGACAGAACACCGGACACUUGGGUGAGGUGCUUAUCCGGUGUAAUAACGUACUUUAUAUCCGUGGAAUAGAUGAUGACGACGAGGAGGGGGAAAUGAGGGAUUAGUAGCAGCUGAUAUUAGCCGUAGGUUAGAAUUAAGCGAAUAAGGGUGAAUAAAUGAAUUGUAAAACGUAAUGAUUGGAAAGACAAUUUGAUUUAAAUCAAUA